UACAUACUACUGCGAGAAGGCAGACAACUCCUAUACUCCCAUGAUAUUCUACUUCUACCUUUGUCCUUGCCUAAGUCCAAACCCCCGCCCCUCCAAACCAUACCACCCCUAGAUUACGGUGCCGUGCCAUUACCAACGCACGGCUAGGCGCACGGACAGACCCACCGUCCUCCGCCUCCCCAACCGGCGCCUGUGGUCUCGUUCCGUUCCAACCCACCAGCCCUUCCCGAUCCGCCAAUUCCACUGCCUACCAUAAUCGCUGCCGCAACAUGGAGGUUCCAAGGACUGCAAAAACGGAUGAGGCGCGCACGGCUGCCGGCCACGAUCUAAUACAGUGGCAAAGGUUCUACAUGAUUACACGCGAGGAAGCAAGGAAGCAUGUACAGGGUGAUCCAACCCGUUCGUGGCCCAGCGUCGCUGCGCAUGAGAAGAAAGCCAUGUUAGAUCGGAUCAAUCAGCUACUAGCCAACGAAGACAUCCCCGAGGUUUCCCAAUCGUUAUUUCUAUGGCGAAUGAAGAAGGCAAUUCAAGACGCAAAAGAGGUAGCGAGAGAGGCAGCAAGAGAGGAAGCAAUAGCGGCAGCAAGAGGGGCAGCAAGAUUGGCUGCUAGGACAGGUGCUCCGCCUAGCGGCACAGAGGUGGUAGAAGAUUAUACUGCAGGCAGGCUGGGGCAGGCGUCCCGCCGUCGCCCCUUUGAUCCUGUUCGAGACUACUAGCAUGGAUGACCACGGGUCUCAAACACAAGGCAUUGGGCGAUGAGUUUCCUGGCAGCGUUACCAUACUAUGUACCCAGAAUUUGGGUAGAAACAUCGGACAGCCUCUUUAUGUCGAACCAGUGAUGAGCUUGAGUCAACCUUUAUUCUCCUUUACAUAUCGUAUAGUAAGUAGACGUGGAAAUAAUCGCUCUGAG